GGAGGCCCGGAGGCGGCGCCGCGCACUACGGAGCGGAAGUGCUCGGCUACUCGUUCCCAGACCCAGCGAAGUACCGGCGCGGCCCCUGCCCGCGUCCUCCUUCCCGCGGCCUUCGGAGACCGCGCUCGGGCGCCGCAGAGCCGCGAGGAUGUCGGAAGGCGACAGCGUCGGGGAGUCCGUCCACGGGAAGCCUUCUGUGGUGUACCGGUUCUUCACGCGGCUCGGACAGAUCUAUCAGUCCUGGCUGGACAAGUCGACGCCGUACACGGCCAUGCGGUGGGUGGUGACGCUGGGCCUGAGCUUCGUCUACAUGGUCCGAGUGUACCUGCUGCAGGGCUGGUACAUCGUGACCUACGCCCUGGGAAUCUACCACCUGAACCUCUUCAUAGCUUUCCUGUCUCCGAAAGUGGACCCUUCCUUGAUGGAAGAUUCAGACGACGGCCCCUCGCUGCCCACGAGACAGAACGAGGAGUUCCGGCCGUUCAUCCGGCGGCUCCCGGAGUUUAAGUUCUGGCACGCGGCCACCAAGGGCAUCCUGGUGGCCAUGGUCUGCACCUUCUUCGAGGCGUUCAAUGUGCCGGUGUUCUGGCCCAUCCUGGUCAUGUACUUCAUCAUGCUCUUCUGCAUCACCAUGAAGAGGCAGAUCAAGCACAUGAUCAAGUACCGGUACAUCCCGUUCACGCACGGCAAGAGGACGUACAAGGGGAAGGAGGACGUGGGCAAGGCCUUCUCCAGCUAGAGGGCCGCCCGCAGCCCGAGUGGGCGUGAGCCGCGCAGCCGCCCCUCUCUCUGCCUGCAGCCGCUGGUGACUCGGGAGUCGGACUUUCUCUAAAAGGAGCUUCAAUCAUUGUAACGGAAACACCAGGUUCUCGAAGACACUGGCAUUUAAGCGGCAUUGCAUUGAUUUAUUUUUCAGAGGUGCAGGUGUUCACACGGACAGAACCGGCAGGGCGUAGGCUGGGCGACGGCCGAGGUGGGGCGGGGGCCGCGGGCCGCAAGGACCUUGCCGAGGACGCCGCCGUCCCGUCCGGGUGCCCUGCCGGAGGCCGCGGCUGCCGGAGCCCUGCCCUGGAAGGAGCUCGCGGCUGUCCCGGCACGCUGGGUCCUCGCCACGCUCCCCACCCUUGCCUCGAGGAGGGGCGGCGGCCGCCUCUCCUCUGACAGGAAACUGCGCGACUCCGCGGCCACUCAGGGGCCUGGGGGCCCAAAUACACAUUAUAUUUUCACUGUU